CAGCUUCCCACUGGGAUUGUAUUUUCAGAAUGCAGUGGCACACAUGAUGGAAGAUGUCCUUCCCAGCUGUAAAUGGCUUGGAUGCUGGCCACGAAGGUGACAAAAGUAUCACAGAGCCUGUCACAGAGGACAGUGCAGACAGCGCACAGCAUCAUGUGAAGGAAGAGGAGGUGGAGGAGAGUGGUGACUGUGUCGCCACGCUCCAUAAUGGUACAUUCUCCGCCGAGCCAGAAUUUUCCCUAAGUAUCUGUGGGGAUGAGCCAAUGGUAAAGCGCAAGAAGGGCCCAGCCCCGAAGAUGUUGGGGAAUGAGGUUUGCAGCGUCUGUGGGGACAAGGCAUCAGGCUUUCACUACAACGUGCUGAGCUGUGAGGGCUGUAAAGGCUUCUUCCGUCGCAGUGUCAUCAAGAGUGCACAAUACACCUGCAAGAACAGUGGCAAGUGUGAAAUGGACAUGUACAUGCGCAGGAAAUGCCAGGAGUGCCGGCUGCGAAAAUGUCGCGAGGCAGGAAUGAGAGAACAUUGUGUUCUGUCGGAAGAGCAGAUCCGCAACAAGAAGCAGAAGAAGCGGGAGGAUGACAUGGCUCAGACGUUGGUGGUGACAGCAGAGGACUCACCGGUGGCAGUGGACAUCGCCAGGCUCACGGUGGAACAGGAAGAGAUGAUCCAGCAGCUGGUGGCCGCACAGCAGCAGUGUAACAAGCGAUCAUUCAGCGACCAGCCGAAAGUAACGCCUUGGCCACAAAGUAAUGACCCCCACAAUCGAGAGACACGACAGCAACGCUUUGCCCACUUCACAGAGUUGGCAAUCAUCUCCGUGCAAGAGAUCGUCGACUUUGCCAAGCAGAUUCCGGGCUUCCUUGACCUCUCACGGGAGGACCAGAUUGCACUAUUGAAGGCAUCCACAAUUGAGAUUAUGUUGCUGGAGACAGCACGGCGAUAUAACCAUGAGACAGAAUGCAUCACUUUCCUCAAGGAUUUCACAUACAGCAAAGAUGACUUUGCACGGGCUGGGUUGCAGGUUGAAUUCAUAAACCCAAUCUUUGAAUUUUCGAAAGGUAUGAGGAAGCUGCAAUUAGAUGACGCCGAGUAUGCCCUGCUCAUAGCCAUCAACAUCUUCUCAGCAGACCGACCUAAUGUUCAAGACCACGCAUUGGUGGAGAGGCUCCAGCAGCCGUAUGUAGAAGCACUUCAUUCGUACUUGCGCAUCAAGAGACCAAAGGACCACCUGAUGUUUCCUCGGAUGCUGAUGAAGCUGGUCAGUCUCCGGACCCUGAGCAGUGUCCACUCGGAACAGGUCUUUGCCCUCAGGCUUCAGGACAAGAAGCUGCCACCCCUGCUUUCUGAAAUAUGGGACGUUCACGAGUGAACAAGCGAAAAGCCGUAAGCAGGAGAGGAGCGGGUGGUGUACACAUUUUUUUUUACAAAAGAAAACUGAAAGAGAAUGUAGGAGAAAAAAAUCUGUCUCAUUUUUUAAAAACGAAGACUCAAAGGAAACAAUGAUACAAGAAGUUCUGACCAAUGUAUGUGAGAGGGAGGAUUUAAAAAAAAGAGACAAACAUUAAACUUUUUUGUGGAUGUGGGACUUGGAUGUCCAGAUGUUGAAGAGACAUCCAUCACUGCACUUACUGGACUGAGAGACUUGAGUCUCCACUUGUUCUUAAUGCAGUGGUACUGUUGCCACUGCUCACCUUAUCUCCUUUGUUCUUUGUUUAACAUCCAUUGUUUACCAACCCCAAAAAAGAUUUUAACGUGAUUUCUUUUGCUCAAUAAUAUAUGAAGUUUAAUUAUUUUUUUUAUUGAGCGCAUUUUCAGAAAGAUAGAUCAAAUUCAAUCUGGUAUUGGAAAGCAGUUGUUGCAAAGACUAUAUUUGUGCACAUGUGUGUUUUCAUGAGAGUUUUAGUCAUGUUCCAAAUGAAGGGAGUUGGGUUUUGCUGCCAAAUAGGCAACGUUACGCAGAGAGAAAAAAAGUUUAAUUUUUUUUAACAAACAUAAGCACUACACCCCAUCGCUUGUUUCCUUGAUCUCUGAAGCAAUUAAUUGUUGGUCAUUGCUAUGACUAAUUGCAGUUUCUGAUAAUUAUCUUGUAAUUCUGUUAACUAUUGGAUUUGUGACUGGGGAAGGCAUCAAAGUUCUUUUUUCCUAAGGGAUCAUAGUAUUCAGGGAUUUAUUGAUGUAAGUUGCACAGAUGGGUUUCUUCCCACAUGUAAUGUUUGAAUAACGACGAGGUUUUCAAAUCUUUCAUUCAUAGGAUGUGGAUGCUGCAGGCAAGGUCAGCAUUUGUUGCCCAUUCUUAGUUGCCCUUUAGGAAGAUGAUGGUGAGCUGCCUCCUUCACUAUAACCGAGCAGCCAACUGAAUCGUUGCAGAGUUAAGACUCCAUCACCUUGUUGUGUGGCACUGGUGUCUGGUAGGCUGGUUAGCUAAGGACACCAGAUUUCCACUUCUCAAUUGAAUCAAUUAGUGACUGAGUGAGGUGAGAAACUGGUUGAAUUCUGCCAGCCAGUCUUGGAGAGGGGAGGAGAUUGCCUUUGAACAUCACUGAUGGCCUUAGUUGAAACAUGGGUUGUUUUCCUUCCUGUAUUGAAUGCACUAGUCUCUUUGUCUCUUUUUGUCUCAUUCUACGUAUGUCUGUCCAGUAUCUCGCACUCUAGCCACAUGUACAUCCUCUCGUGCUCUGCACUUUAUCUCUGACAGGCUUUUUAGUAUGUGUGUUUUAUUCAUUGUAUGUAUGUCUGUCUGUCUCAUUUUCUUUUUGUGUGUCGUGAGUGUAUAUAUUUAUAUUAUAUAUACUUCAUCGCAUAGUCGUGGACAUCAAAUACGUUUCACAGUAUCAAUCUGAUAUCCAAUUUCUUGAUGUUCAUAUGUGUGUGUAAGAGGGCAAAAAAGCAGCUGGAACGCAAAAGAUGAACAAAGAGAACUUUUUGUACAAAAAAGGGAAAAUUGAAAAAAAAAGGUAGAAAUAUAUGCAAGGACAAAUGUAUGAGCCCCAAGCCAAAAUGAAUUUGAUUUAGAUAUUCGAUUACGGGUGGACUGUCUGAAGCAGCUGCAGGUACACAUUCUUGCUUUGAAGCCUAUGAAAGCAGCCCUACCUGUGUAGCUCACUUUUUGGAGAGUGGGGAGAUGCUGCACCUUCAGCGUCACUGGACAGUCAGUUGAGUCACUCCACUAACCGGUACCUGUGCCCAAAAGAGUUUUGCAAGCAAAAUGAUUUUAAAACAAAAACUUUGUUUUUUUCACAAUAACGACCAUUAUCAACAUUUCCACCACUGUCUUGUGCUGAUCGUUGACCCAUCCCCAUAUCCCCCUCAAUAUUUGCACAUGGAGACCCUACUGAAAUGCCUCCAUCACUUUGUUCCUUGUAUAUUACAUGGGGUUCCACUCAUCUGGGUGUGUAAACUCAUAAAUGGAACUAAGGUACAGAUCAGGAGCUGAAUGGUCUCCUCCUGUCUCUUCUGCUCUCAAUUCCUCCAUUUUCGAAGGCAGUGAGGUAUGCUUCUGGCGGUGAGACUUUGAGGGUUCUGGGCACUUUCUGGUUUCAUUGCUAAAUGACCUUGAGUGAUAUUCCCAAGUGAUGUUCUUUCACCUUUCAACAGAUGGAGCUGUAAUCACAUUCCUGACCAACACAUGCGUGUUCCAGUGCAAAGUGAAGAUUUAUUCCUCAACUGUCUGGUCAAAGAGUCCUGAGAUUCAUUUUAGUGACUCCAACUCAAGUUCAGGCACCUGCAACAUAGGCUGGGAGUCAAACCCCUCACCACUGGGCUUCUAUCCUUAACUCCAAUGCCUCUAAAUCCCACAUUGCUUGAAUGUCUCUGUCCACCUGCACUGCCAAAGGCUGUACUUAACAGCAGUGAAACAGUUUUUGCAGCUCCGGGACUAUCUGCUUUUAUUUCAGAUUUCUAGCAUCUGCAGUACUUCGCUUCAGUUUUCACAGCUCAAUUACAUACUGAUUUGUUCUGAGGAGCUUAGGGGUCCAAUUCAUUUCCACACUGAAGUAAUUGUAUUUUAGAGUUUUUCGAAAUUAGUUGUAUUUUCCUUUCCUCCUUGUUUUGGUUAAUGAGAGUUUGGGGUCAGUUCAGCAAUGCUGGGCCUGAGAGAGCAGGCAGGCUAACCUGCUCCUAAACCUUUGACAACAUUAGACUUGUAAAUAGGAUCCGUUGCCCCACCAGUGAAUGGAAAAAAACUUAUGAUCUGGGGAAGCACUUUAGAAUGAAUAAAAGCAUCAUGCAGUUUUAACCCUUGCUUUUUCUCACUCCCUUGACAUUUCUGGUACCUUUUAUUUUUAGUCUUGUAUGGAAUUCUUGCAUCACACACCUCUAAUGCACAAAAAUUACCAUUCAGAUGUUUUGUACUGUUGAGGGCUUUCUCCCCUGGAGAUUUUCUAAUGCGUGCCCUUUUUUUUUGAACCUUUGUAAUUAGGAAAAGUGCCUCGUUGAUGUCACAUCCACUGGAAAGCUUGCAUCUCAUUUGCACAGUCUUGUUAAUUGUUUGCACAUGGGCUCGCAGCUUAAACUCCCAGCCUGAGGGCUCUUGUGGUGUAGUGGUAGUGUCCCUACCUCUGAGCUGGAAGACCUGGGUUCAAGCCUCACUUCUGAACAGGUUGAUUAAAAAUAUUUUUUAAAAACUCCUGCCCUUGAUUUCUGCUCCAUUUAAUCUCUUACUGACCAAUGAAUUGACCCAAGUUUGAGAGAAUUUUGUGUUUUCCCCAUCUGCAGUUUGUUUGAACAUUUUCUGUUGGUGUUCCUGUAUUUUAGAUCUGAGAAAGGAUGAAGACGGUGGAGAAACAGCUGAAAUUUUACGUGUACUUCUUUUCAUUACCUGUGUAUGCAUUGAACUGAAGCACACUGCUAUGUGCUGCAUGAAGAUUGAUGGGAGUGAACACUCCCUACCUUUGUACAUCUGCGCAAUCAGAAUUAUGAUCCCAAAAGCGGGGACAUUAUUGCACAGGAUAUUUUUAAAAAAGCUUAUUUUUUUGAGACCGGAACCUCUGCACUUGCAACUUGAAAGCCACAGUGCCAAUACUGAGUAGUCACAGGUAAAUUUGCAUAGAGCAGAUGACACAGAGUUGUAAAGCUUCUCCUACUGUGUUCCUCAACAAUGCACCUCAGCUGUGAUUCGAAAGGGACCCUAACCGUAACCCUAACCCUUGCCUGAAUGUCCAUGGUGUUUUUAACAUAACUAAAAUAAGUAUUCUCCUUGAUCCCACUGGAUACUCUGUAUUCCUUGAUAAUCAAGCACAGUGACACUUCAUAUUGGAAAUCUGGCAGUUUUGCACUCUCCCCGACUCUCCCAAAUAAUCCAGAUUUGUCCUGUGAUGCUUUGACAUUGCCCAAACAAAUUUUCCUUCCAAGUGCUGUAGUGCCCAAAAAGAGGGGAAUUCCGUUCAGCAGGGGCACCCUUAACUACAAAGGUCAGGGACCAGUUUGGAGCUCCUUCAGCAUCCAGAGCCUAUCAAAGGAAGGCUGAAGUGGUCUUUCCACUCUCUCUCUCCAUAAAACAGAGUGAGCAGGGAUGCUAGGUGGGGUGGAAUAUAAGCAGAAGGAGUGUGACUUGUGUCUUAACCAUGAAUGACUCCCUUGGCUUUGGACCUCUGAUUCUUUCACAACUUCACUCAAAGGCAGUGACUCUCACUUGGGCAUGGUAUUGUGGGUGCUGGUUGCCUGGUAUCUGACCCAAGUUAUCGUUCUUCUCAUGGUUUCAGCUAAGUCUGUAUGACGCUGUUCCACCUGAAGUAACACUUUUCAAUGCCUUGAGUUCAUUUUAAUCCUUUGGAUUUGAGUUUUAUUUCCAGGUUUGCAGUUAUUCUCCUACUGAGCAUAUAAGUGAGAGCUCUGUCAAAGGGCCUCUGCCAACAUUACUCCGAAGCUAACCAUGCGUUUUGUAUGUUUCUUCCUUUGCUGUCCCUCAAGAACUCAUUGGGAAUCAUUUCAACCGAUGGGCAUUGGUAUAAAAUGGGAUGAUACAGAGGAUUCAUACCCUUCCCGAAUCCAAUUUUCCCAGAUAAUUUGAGACUUUAGUUUCUGCACCCCAAGUUAAAAUAUCUAUAUUGAGUAACUCUUAGGUGAAUGUAGAGGCAGUGGGAGCUAAUUCAAACUGGCUUCUCUGCUGUAGCUCAAAGAAGUAGCCCCUUUUCAUGUGUGACUGUGGACAGGGUGCGCUGGUGAUUUGAGUGGUACAUCACGCACAAUGUAAAUUUUAAAAGGCUUAAGGGAGAUGUUCACCAUGUGAGAUAUUGGCGUCACUGUGCUAAUUAAUUGCCGAGCAACGCAUUGUCCUAAUCUAUUAGAGUUCAGUAACGCUAAUAAAAUUCAGCCCGAUGCAAUGUGGGGAGUGGGCAUUUUCAUUUGGAGAGCUCUCUACAGGAUUAGUAACUGUUUGAAAAAUGUUUCUCAGUUAGUACUUGUUUGCUGGCAAUUAAAAUAUUAAUGUGAACCCA